CUCGACACUUUGCGCGCACGACGGCUGCUGGUGUUUUCUCCCGCGCUUCUUUCCGACUUUCACGACUUCUUUUGUGCGUUGAGUCUGGGCAAGGAGAGAAUCUUUCAUAAUCAUGGCGGACCAGGCGAAUCGGCCGCAUAGGAAGGGCAAAGAGAAGAAGCCGCAUACGGGAGAGAGGAAUCCAAAGGCUUUUGCUUAUGCGACACCGGGGAAAUUGCACAAGCAGGCGUCGCGCUCUCACGAUGUCAAAGAAAAGCGCCUCCACGUCCCGCUCGUCGACCGCCUCCCCGAAGAAGCACCUCCGAUCAUCGUCGGCGUCGUCGGCCCCUCGGGUGUGGGAAAGACGCUCCUCAUCAAAAGUCUGAUCAAACGCUACACCAAGCAGACGCUCUCGACGCCCACGGGGCCCCUCACAGUCGUCACCUCGAAGCGCCGCCGCCUCACGUUCAUAGAAUGUCCCGCCGACUCGCUGGCCAGCAUGAUCGACACGGCCAAGAUUGUCGACAUCGUGCUGCUCAUGAUCGACGGCAACUAUGGCUUCGAAAUGGAGACGAUGGAGUUUUUGAAUGUGCUUUCGUCGUCGGGUAUGCCGGGAAAUGUCUUCGGUAUCCUCACGCACUUGGAUCUGUUUAGGAAGCAGGAGACGCUCAAGUUGCAGAAGAAGAGGCUCAAGCACAGGUUUUGGAGCGAAUUGUACCAGGGCGCGAAGCUAUUUUACCUCUCUGGCGUGGUGAAUGGACGGUACCCCGACAGAGAGAUUAUGAAUCUUUCGAGGUUUUUGAGUGUUAUGAAGAACCCGAGGCCGUUGGUGUGGAGGAACUCGCAUCCAUAUUGUCUGGCGGAUCGCUUCUUGGACAUCACGCCGCCGACGGAUAUCGAGCAGGACCCAAAGUGCGAUCGCACCGUUGCGCUGUACGGCUAUCUGAGAGGCACAAACUUUCCGGCUGGUGGGUCGCGGGUCCACAUUCCAGGUGUGGGCGAUCUUACUGUGUCUUCGACAGAGGCGCUGCCGGAUCCAUGUCCUACGCCUUUUGCGGAGAAGCAGAAAGAGAAGAUUGGCGGAAAGAAGAAGCGCACACGGUUGGGCGACAAGCAAAAGAUUUUGUAUGCGCCCAUGUCGGAUGUUGGUGGUGUGCUGGUGGAUAAGGAUGCUGUGUACAUCGAUGUCAAGACGUCUACGUUCGACCCGGAUAAAGACUACUCGGAGGCUGGGUUGGGCGAGCAGAUGAUGAUCGGUCUGCAGGGCGGAAGGAAGCUGCUGGGUGAAGAUGACCGCGGAUUCAGGCUCUUCAGCGGCGGCAAGAUUGUCGACAACAACAUUGACGACGAUGAUGCUGCAGAUACUGGAAGAAGGUCGCAGCGGAAAGCCAGAGCGGCGGAUGCUGAGGAGAUCGACGACGCGGACCUCGACGGUAUUGACAGCGACGAUGAGGAGCUUCAGCAGGAUCACAGCGAUGCCGAAGACGAUGAGGACGACACAGGAUUCUUGGAUUCCAACGGUGCUUCGAACGGCAAGCCCAAGCUUGCGCGCAAAGAAUCCGAUCGAAACGGUGACACAGCUGAAGACCUGGCAUUCGCCGACAGCGAUUCAGAUCUGGGUUCCAUAUCUGGAGACGAACCGGAUUUGGAAGACUUGGAAGAGGGUGAUUCCGAUUCUGAGGAGGAAGAAGACGAUGAUGAUGACGACGAUGGUGCUUUGCGAUGGAAAGCCAACCUUCGUGAAAACGCCGCGAAGCUGCAUGGACAAAAACGGCCAUACCGAGUCACGGAUCUUGCAAAGAUGAUGUACAACCUGGAGCUUGCGCCAGAGGACGUUAUCAAGAAGUGGACGGGUGCUGAUGACGUAGAGGCUAUCGAAGAAGAUGAAGACGAUGGUGGAUUUUUCAAGAAGUCGAGGAUUGAAGACGCCGCACACGCUGAAGAUCGUUACAUUGCCCGAUUCAACUACGAAGAAUUGGCAGCGAGGUGGGAGGACGAGGAGAACAUCGAAGCUCUCAAAAGCCGAUUCGCUUCUGGCCACAUGAAUGGCAAAUCGGGAGACGGCGAAGAGGAGGAUGAAGACUUUGAGGGCUUCGAUGAGGAUGAUGAGGGUGAUGGAGAGUUUGAGGAUUUGGAAUCUGGCGAGAAGUUCGGCGGGGACGAAGCGGAAGCAGAGUCAGGAGAAGACGAUGAUGAGGCCACGACGAUUGAAAAAGAACGAGAACGCAAUGCGAAGAGGAAGGAGGAACUGAAACUGCGGUUUGAGGAAGAGGAUCGCGAAGGUUUCAUGAACGACAAAGCCAAUGCUCGUAAAGAAGCUGGUGAGGAGGAAGAGUUUGGCGAAGAUGAUUGGUAUGACGCUCAGAAGGCGAUGAUUCAGAAGCAGCUCGACAUCAACCGCGCUGAAUUCGAUCAGCUUGAUGAGAUAUCGCGAGUACGUGUUGAAGGUCACAAGGCAGGCACAUAUGCCCGUAUCGUACUGGAGAAGGUCCCCUACGAGUUCUCGGCGCACUUCAACCCGCGCUUUCCAAUCCUCAUCGGUGGUCUCACGCCUACAGAAGAACGCUUCGGAUACGUCCAGAUCCGCAUCAAGCGCCAUCGAUGGCACAAGAAGAUCCUCAAGACCAACGAUCCCCUCAUCUUCUCCCUUGGAUGGCGGCGGUUCCAGACUCUCCCCAUCUACAGCAUAUCCGACUCGCGAACGCGCAAUCGCAUGCUCAAGUACACACCCGAGCACAUGCAUUGCUUCGGCACUUUCUAUGGCCCGCUCGUCGCGCCCAACACUGGUUUCUGCUGCCUGAACUCCCUCUCAAACAAAACACCAGGCUUCCGAAUCUCCGCCACAGGCGUAGUGCUCAACGUCGACGAAUCGACCGAAAUCGUAAAGAAACUAAAACUCACGGGCCAUCCAUACAAGAUCUUCAAGAACACAGCCUUUGUAAAAGACAUGUUCAAGUCGUCGCUAGAAAUCGCAAAAUUCGAGGGCGCAAGCAUACGCACCGUAUCAGGCGUGCGCGGGCAGAUCAAACGCGCACUCAGCAAGCCAGAGGGCAACUACCGCGCAACCUUCGAAGACAAGAUCCUCAUGAGCGACAUCGUCUUCCUGCGAGCCUGGUACCCCAUCAAACCCCGCCGCUUCUACAACACCGUCACCAACUUGCUUGCGCCGCCAACGGCUGACGACGAAGGCGAAAGCACGGCCUGGACCGGCAUGCGUCUUACGGGCGCUGUGCGCGCCGCGGCCAACAUCCCCACGCCGCUGCAAAAGAACUCGGCCUACCGCCCCGUCGUGCGCGAAACCCGCGUCUUCAACCCGCUCCGCAUCCCGCGCAAGCUCGCUGCCGACCUGCCCUUCAAAUCACAGAUGGCCACCAUGAAGCCCCAGAACAAGGAGACGUACAUGCAGAAGCGCGCCGUGGUGCUGGGCGGCGAGGAGAAGAAGGCCCGUCGUCUGAUGGAGCAGGUUCUUACUAUCCGCAAGGAGAAGGUGGAGAAGCGCCGCAAGAAGCAGGAGGAGCGCAAGGAGCCGUAUAAGAAGAAGAUUGAGGAGAAUAAGGAGAAGAAGAGUGAGAGGGAGAAGAAGGAGAAGCAGGAGUAUUGGCAGAGGGAGGGCAAGAAGAGGAGGUUUCAGGAUGGGGAGGGCGGAAGUGGUGGUGGUGGUGGGGAUAGGGGCGGCAAGAGGAGGAAGUAG